GUUCCAAGAUCAUGUGCAGUCUCCACCGGCCACCAGCUUGUAACUGUCUAGCUACCUCUCUUGAAUUAAUUGUGUACUUAUAUAGACAGAGCCAUAUUCAAGAGUGAAGAUGUCCUCAAGAAAGGAAGCUAUCCUGGCUGCUGCUCUUCCCGUGCUGCCAAUCCUGAUACCACUGGGGGUGCACUUUGUGCUUGUUUCAUUUGUGUUCCUGUAUGUUGGAGGUACUGUCUGGCUGCCAGCGUACAGUUUUGUUCACCUCAUUCUCUUCCUGGUGGGUUUGUGGGCCUGUCAAGAUAAGACCUCUGUCAUUGCAGCCAUUGCGCUGGUGGUGGUGAUCGUAUUCAGUGGACUCACCGAUAUUAUUCAGUUGGGGCUGUAUUUCCCUUCCUUCGAGGAGGCCAAUGGCAAUGGAGGGAGUCAGGGUGCACGUACAUGGCAGUUUUCUGCAGCGAUGUGCAUUUUUAAUCUCCUGUUUAAGCCUGUGUCUGCUGCACUGGUGUGUGUGGGCGUGUACUUCAGGAGUGGAGGACGCCUUCCUGGAGUACUAGGAGGAGGGGGAGCUGGUGGAGAUUCAUACAACACCAUACAUGGAUCUGAUGAGACUAAUGAGUAAACGAAAGACAAUAGCUGCUUAGAUUCAGAUAAUAUGUUUUUGAUUUAUGCCAUUUGUAAACUGAUGUUAAGUGUUUAGCAUUCACUUUGCUAUCAAAACAGAAUUGACAUUA